UAUGAAGCGAAACUCAUAUCCUCAGGCACUGAGUUGCUAUGUCAUUCUGAAAUCUUUGAACAAGCCUGGCAAAAUGUAAAAGAAAUCAAAGUUAAUUGCAAGAACCAAGGACCUAUAGGUAAAGCGGUGAUUCCGGGUGGUAUAGCAAAUAAAGACGUACACGAUUAUAAGUACACCCAGUUAGCAGAGGAAGCAUUCGUUAAAUAUAAAAAAGAGGUUGGUGCAACCGAAGACCACCAAAUUACAAUUGUACAAGCAUCCGAGCAAGUUGUAGCUGGAAUGCUGACUAGACUUGACUUUAAAGUGAUAUUAAUGACCUCAAAGACUGAGUUGUUAUGUCAUUCAGAAAUCUUGGAACAACCCUGGUUAAAUGUGAAAGACAUUAAAACCAGUUGUGACUCUGAAUCCCAAAGUCAUACAGAAGAAGAGCAAUUACCUGGUGGAAUAAUAGAAAAAGACGUACACGAUCAUAAGUAUACUCAGCUAGCAGAGGAAGCAUUCGUAAAAUAUAAAAAAGAAGUUGGUUCAACUGAAGUCCACCAAAUUUUGCAAAUUGAUAAAGUAACUGAGCAACAUGUAGCAGGAGUUAAUACUAGAAUGGAUUUUUAUGCAAAAUUAUUCACCUCUAAUGCUGUAUUGUUCUGCCAUUCAGAAAUCUUGGAACAACCCUGGCUAGAUUUAAAAAAUAUCGAUGUUAGUUGCUAUUCCGAAAACCAAGAUCCUAAAGAGGAAACGCAGAUACCUGGUGGUAUAAUAGAAAAAGACGUUAACGAUAAUAAAUAUACGCAGUUAGCUGAGGAGGCCUUCGCUAAAUAUAAAAAAGAAAUUGGUUCAUAUGAAUGCCAUCAACUUUUGAAAAUUCUCAAGGUGACGGAGCAAGUUGUAGCUGGAUUCAUGACAAAGGUUGAUUUUAAUGUUAGAUUAGUUUUAUCAAACGACACAUUGUUUUGUAGUUCUACAAUUUUGGAAGAGCCUGGGGUAAAUCAAAAACGUAUUGACACUAUUUGUCACUCAGUUAACCAGGAACAGAAAUGAACAAAGUAAAAUAAAGGUCCGUGAUGCUAGAAAAUCGUCCUUCACCUACUUUUAAAAGCUGAUGGUUUGUCAGCCCAUGCUCCUACGUGUUACUGCGAUGCACAGAACAGAAAACGCUAAAGCUAACAAAUAAAAGCUAACUACGCUCAGACCAAUUAUUAUAUACCUUUGGACUUGUACCGCACUCAGAUUCACCAACAACAUUAUCUGUCGUUUUUCGAGGGACACGAAGUAAACUCACACAUCGAAAAUAUUUAACACUAUAAUAUAUAUCCUGUGUCCUUCCACUACACACAACUAUAAAUUUAAAUCAUAAUACACACACGUGUAAUUUUUACACAAUGGAACAUCGAUUCUAUAGACGUAGUUUGAGAUACAUUAGAUCGUGAUCAUAUGCCUUUUGACAGAGGGGUAACGUUUAGCGAGGCACGUCCUAUGGUAAUUGGUCUGAGGUGUGAUGCGAUACACAAUAAUGGAGUUUGGGCCGCUAACCUUUUAUAAAACCACAAUGGUCUAGCCCUCACAGGAUUAUAUCGUACAAGGCAUUGGAUAACAAUAUGUAC